AGAGUGGUGAAAAGGCCGAUAUUGGCUGCCCUUCACAUAAUAUAGUGGCAUCUAGAGUGCCCUCUUCAUGUGAGAUAUGCCCUAUAUAAAACAAGAAAAUGUGAUAGUGUCUUAAUGAGUGCCCUUCUAGUAGGGAAAAUGUGAUGCAGUGCCUUGUUCCAUGCCCUUAUGAUGGCCUAAACGCCCCCCAUAGCUAUCCUUCCAAUGGAAAAGGGUACCGUGAUGAAGUGCCCUUCUAGUGGAGAAAAUGUGAUGCCCUCUGAGGUGCCCAUCCAAGCGAGAAAACAUGACGAAGCGCUCUUGUAAUGGAGAGAAAAAAAAUCUGAUUGCUGCCCUGCCAGCGAAGGAAAUGAGAUAUGGUGCCCCAUAAGAGAUGUGGCUUCGCAGACAUGCGAGAGAAGUAAACACCUUGUAGGUAUUCCUAUGUGUAAGAAAAUGUGACACCUAGCUUUCCUCUAUAGUUGACGAAACACUGGUUGAAUAAUCUUAAUCGGGGUUGAAAACUACUUCACCAUACACAGCGUACCAUCCUACUAGUGCGAGCUGGGGAGUGCACGCGUCAUGCAAUAGGUGCCCCUUUUAUGUUUUCGCCCCUGUCCUUCAAACAACCUACUGAUCUGUCCGCUACUGAUCAGGGAAAUGUGAAAACAUUCAGGCAAUGUGAAAAUAUGAAAAGUGAGCCCGUUUUGUCAUUAGGCUACAUAAAGAUACAACAGUUCGCUACUGGCGAUUUACUGGUACGACACCACAAAAUAUCACGAUCCAAUCUGAUGACGUACAGCCACUCUCGUGCAGUUUCACGAUGCCGGCCUUUUAUAAGAAGGCUUUGUAUUUCGAUCAGGAACAACGCCGAAUGCAUUAUGACUGAGACACUAACUGUACGAACCGAUGGAAUGGCAGCUCUUUCUCUGCGGGGAUUUUUGGUCACGACAAGUACAGCUUCAAUCGAGGGCAUGCAUAUUUCUGACAUCAGAAGUGACACAGAACAACGGAAAGUAUCUGUACAUUCAACGGCCACCUAGGUUCUUACGUCGUCGCUUUCUCUUGAGACCCUCAUUUUUCAUUUCAUUAUGGACUUCGACUAUCAAAGAAUAAAAGAUACUGAAAAGCAACAGCGAGAUGAGGUCCUGUGCACGCUGCCAGUUCCACGGAGGGCUGGAGUGCAAGGCAGAAAUGCACCUCAGCCCCCUCCCCCUGCUCAGAUCCCCCCCAUCAAACCAAGGAGAAGUAUAAAGUGCCGAGUCAAGCUGCAAGACACGAGCGAUUCGCAGAGCUUAUCACUCAUGAACAUGUCGCUGAGUGGACCAAUGGAGCCUCUUUCCAUCCCCCUGCGUGCCCACACCCUUCUGUGGUUUGAGACGUCGCAGCUGCCCCGGCUGAGCAGACCUGGGCAGCCCCUGCCCAGCUGGCUGCACGGUUUCAUCACGCGCAAGGAGGCGGAGGAGUUCCUGCAGGAUAGAAUGCAGGGCUGCUUCCUCUUGAGGCUCAGCGAAUCCAUGAUUGGCUUUGUGCUCUCCUACAGGGGCAAAGACCGGUGCCGGCACUUCAUCAUCCAAGAGGAGGGGGGGGAUAGGGGUGGGGGGGGGCGCUAUCUCAUUACCGGGGAAGAGAGCCGGCAUAACAGCCUGCAGGAGCUGAUCUCCUAUUACACGCAGAACUAUGUGGGGCCCUUUGAGGAGGUGCUGACGGUUCCCUUUGUGAAGGGUAAUGAUGGCAGUAAAGUGGCGACAUUGGGCGGCAUGGAGGGAUUGAGGGUACGGAGCAACACUGCUACUGGAAAUGACGCGGAGGUCAUCCCUUCAGCGCCACCUGCUCUCCCCCCUGCACCCAGAUCCACUGAGAACCUAGUCCCCCCCUCCAAUGGGACGGGGGACUACGCAGUGGUGAAGAAAGUUCUGAAGAAGUCCUAUUCUCUGUCCGAUGUCCAUCCUGCGACAAACACAAAUGCGCUCAGCUUAGAGGUCUCAGACUGCAUUCCUGUCAGCUUCCAGCAUUUGUUAGCAGUUCCGGAAGGUGCUGGAGCCGAGGGCGGCGUGGUGGAUGCUCCAUAUGCACGAGUGAACAAGUCCCACCGGCUUGCUCGCAGCCCCUCUGCAUUCUACAUGAACAUCCCCCCUGUGGCCGAUGCAGACGACCUCCCACCUCCCCCUCCACCUCCCCCUUCCCACGAAUCAGCCGAGGAGCAGAAGUACUGGGAGAUGGUGCCCCUGCACACUUACGAGGAGACGAACCACCUGACGCGCCCUGUGGAGUCAGACGACCGGAUUGACUUCUACGCUGUGGGAGGGAGACAGGUGGCUUUAGAAAGUGCCGAAACCCCCCAAAACCACUUGUACUCAGAAGUAAAUCUGAGGGGAAGAGAUGUUCAGGAUCAAGUGCAAAUCCCGGGCAGAACAGUCCCCAACCUGCCUUUGAGACCCCCUCCCAGAACCUCCAACUGCCCCUCUAGGCCUGGAGGAAACCUUCAGAAGCUGGAAGCCAACAUGACACGUGUCCCACCACCUCGUUCUCGGAUGCCCAUCCAUGCAGCCCCAGAGACACACCUGUCCAAUCCACAGGUCUCUGUAUAUGAGCAAAUCCCAGCGAGAAGCGACCCCUCAUGAAUCCUUCUCCUACAAAACUGACUUUCAGUGGGGGAUAUCCUGCCGUCCUUCUGUUCAAUCCUGCCAAGCUAGAGAGUCAGCUGCAAAGCAGAGGGAGAGAGGGGUCGCAAUUUACAAUGAUGGGGAAGCCCUUUAUGGUAAAGUCCUAACAUAAAAGGCUAUAGGUACGCUCUGUGUGUCUUUCAGUAUUUAUGUACAGUACCAGUGCAAAGUGUGGACACAUCAAAGCCACCUACGAAAGAGAGUGAUAGAGUGUUGCAUCACAUGACCUGAUCACCUGACCUAAACACAGUAGAGAUGGUUUUGGGGGAGUUUGACCAGAGAGUGGAAAAGCAGCCAAUGAGAGCUCAGUAUAUAUGUGGGACCUCCUGCAGGACAGCUGGAAAAGCAUCUCAGGAGGCCGCCUCAUGAAAGUGGCAUAGAGGAGAAGGUAGGAACAGCCAGUCCCUGAGCAACUGGGGUUGAGGGCCUUGCUCAAGGGCCCAAUGUUGGGAUCACUCUGUUGACCACAGGAUUUGACCCAGCAACCUUCUGAGUCCCAACGCACAAAGCUGCCCAGCUGGUCAGUGCAUAACUCCAAAUACAUUAUUAUAUAGCUUUGAAAAUAUUUUUUUCUAUGGGUAGGUGUGUCCAAGCUUUUGACUGGUACCGUAAAUGUGUAUAUUAAAUAAUUAAAUAAUUUUAAAAUACAGUUCAUAUGUUCACUUGAGAAAAAAAUGUGCAAAUUCUCAUGCAUUUGAAUCCUGCUUGUGGCUUGAAAUGAAAUAAGGGUAAGAAAUAUGAGCUAUUGAUACAGAUAACAGUACGCAUGUCCAGUAUAGGGACACACACACACAGACACACACACACACAGAGACACACACAGACACACACACACACAUAUUUGUAUGCAUAUCUUUGGGGGGAGCAUCCAUUCAUUUAUAUGGAUCAUACCCUAAUCCCAACAAUGACAACCUUAACCCCUAACCCAGCCCCUAACCACACAUAUUUGGUUCCCACAAUGUAAUAUAUGCAUAACCCAGUCACACACACACACAUAUAUUACUAUUAAAUGGCUGUAUUGAUGUGUAAUAUUCAAGUUUGUUUGCUCCUUUCUGAUUACAUUUCUGUGUACGUUUAAAAUCAAAACAUGUUGAUCAUUUAAAACUGGCUGACUAAGUACUAAAAUGCUUGUUUUCAACUUUCAAAUAGGUGUCCAAUUGUUGGUAACUAAGUCACUGAUUACCCUAAUUGAAGUACCCAUUUAGUAGGAUAAUGUAUUUGCAAGCCAAUGCAUGAAUGACUACCUGACUAAUAAGUUAUUAUUAUAUUUGUGGUUAACAAUUGUAUGAUUAAUUAACUAUGAAUAGCUUGUUUGUCCUUGAGUCAGCAUUACUGAUGCCAAAUAGGCCCUUCAUUGCCAAGCACAGAGUAACUAAAUUACUGUGUUGUAUAAUUAUGAGUCAUUAGCAAACUGUUAGUUGAACAUUUAACUGUUGGAUACUUUGAAACUAACCUUCAUCUUUGCUGUUACUAGCAGCUGUACCACCUUCAGUUAUGUAAUCCAUCUGAAACUAAGCAGGUUUAGGCCUGGCCAGUAGUUGGAUGGGAGACCAACUAGGAUUACUGGGCUCCUGCUGGGAGAGGUGGUGGUGUGGCCAAUGUGUUAGGCUGUAUUGUGGAUGGCAUGGAUCCCUGUGCUGUAAAAAUGGUGUCGUCCUUUGGAUAAUAUGGAAAACUGAGACCCUGAGUGUCUGAGAUUAUAAAAGAUUCCUGGGUAUUGUUUGAAAGACUAGGGAUGAUACCCCAAUGUCCUGGCUAAAGUUGCCCACUGUGGCUCUAUCAAAUCUGGCCUCCUAAUCAUCCCCUGUAUCUACCUGGUGAAGUCUCUCCUGCUUCCUCACCACUUUAGCUACUGUGUGGUGAGCGUACUGGCGCAGAAUGGCUGCUGUUGCAUCAUCCAGGUGGAGGCUACACAGCGGUGGUGAUUGCAAGUGGCUCCUCAUUGGUUCUAUGAAGUGUGUCUUGAAAAGCCUUCAUUCAUUCAUCUGGCAUGUAACAGGCAGGUCAGAAUAUUUGAUCUGUUGGCUGUUGUCAAAUUUAUGACACGCCUCGUUAGAGAAAAGCUGCUGCUCUCAGACACUGUCCACUUCAUCAGCUGAGUCAGUGUAUUGCUGUAGGGACAGAUCAAACAGGCCAAUAGAUAGAAGGUUUUAUUCUAAAAUACAGUUUAAUUUAUCUCUGCCCAUCUCUGAAGGUUUGAAUCUGUACAAGUUAUUUAUGAAGGCAGAUGAAGCAUUAUGAUGGAUUAACCACAUCAUAAUGGGCUUUUUACUGGUGUCUGGAUAACCAAACCCAUUCCUGUUUUAAAACAAUUGACAAUUUGUGUUGGUAAAUAGAAAGUAAAAUUCCUGAGGUUAAUUACAAAAUCCUGUCAGACCAGUCAGAGCUGCUGAUUGGCUAAGAUCCAGGACAUUCUAAGCUUCUAACUUUUUUAUACAGUGCUUUCCAAUAUAUUCAGAAAUAUCCAGUUUAAUAUCAAGUAAGACUAAAUCACAGUAUUUUUGUACAGAUUACUUUAUAAUUUGUUUUACUAUUUAGUUUUCUUUUUCCCGUAUUUUACUGAAAUGUUCAAAGAAGCUGCUUGAAGCUUUCCAGUCUAUCACUUAAUUGAAUAGGGAACAUUUUUAUCCAUCCAUCCAUCCAUCCAAAGUACUAAAUAUUGCUGGUAAAAUUGAUGAAGAAUGUUUUUAACUCAAUAAUGUAUGUAAGAAAAUCUAUACAUUUGUAUACUGGAAUGCUAUCUAUCUUUAAAAAAAGAAUCUGAAAGGAUCAA